ACAACUCUACUCUAGCACACUGCUAGUCGCCGGCGCACCGAACACAUGUGCCUUGUGGAAAUCGAGCCACGAUUUUCUUAAUUUCCUCGGUUCUCGACAACUCCCCGAAAAAAUGUUACUUAAACUAUGUGCAAUUUUCGCAUUCCUGAAGAUAUCCAGUGCCCUGGACGGCGGCCACGAGUGGGAUUUAGCAGUGGCAACAAACGGACAUAUAGAACUACUCGCUGCUAAUGGAACUCUGAUUGGAACAGCCCGGGAGGGUUUCGCGAAAUUGAAAGCUUUAACCUUUGAUAAUAUUAGGCAUCGGUUCAUUGUCAGCGACAUGGAUGAAUACAAUAACGAUACAAUUUACGCUAUUGACUUAACCAAAGAGACUGAUGACAAUCCUAUUAUUGCUGAUCUGCCCGAUGAUGUUCAGGGAUUAGCGAUCGAUCCAAUCGAUGAUAUCCUCUAUUGGACUGAUAUGAAGAAUAAAACCAUCAAUUUCAUAUCUCUCAAAGAUGACAAUCCCCAAACUCAAAUUCUAUUCGCUUUCGAACAAGCUUGGCCUCAAGACAUUGCGGUGGAUAUAUGCAGAAGAUAUAUUUAUUGGACAAAUUCCUAUCGGAGGAAACCAUCUAUCGAAAGAGCGAAAAUCGGCUCCCAGAAGAGUGAAAUAAUUGUCGAUUCUGAUUUGGGUCUACCGGCCGGCAUAACCGUAGAUUAUAGAACAAGAAGGAUAUAUUGGGCAGAUAUGCGUGGUGGCAUCUAUUUCAGAAUAGAAAGCACCAAUUUGGAAGGGAAGGAAAGACAAAUAAUAUACGAAGGUAUCAAUUCCGAGCCUUUCGCCGUAGCAAUCAAAAAUGAGUUUCUUUAUUUCACCGAUUUGCGAAGGAACGCUCUAUGGAAAUUCGAUCUCAAGGCUAAAACUCAGCCGAAGAGGAUAAGAAGUUUCGACGAAAAACCAAUGGGACUGAUAGCGAAGAAGAAACAAAUCAGGACUUUACCCGACUGCCAGUUACUAGAACAGGUGUAUGAAAACUAUACAAGCCCAGUGGUGGAGAACUUCGAAGUAUACAAAGAAGAUGAAACAGUCAAGAAGGAAAUGCAAUGCAUAAACGGAACGAUGGAGAAUGGAGUGUGCAAAUGCUCCAGGGGCUACAGCGGUGUCUUCUGUGAAUUAUCUUUGUGCCAUAACUAUUGCCUUGUUGGCUCCUGCCAUUUAACCAGCCAAGGGUAUCCAUACUGCCACUGUCCGAAAGGAUCCGGAGGUCCCAGAUGCGAGAGAGACUGCGAAGGAUAUUGCAUGAAUGGUGGGCUUUGUUCGUAUGGGUUUUCCGGUGAGAAACUACCCAACUGCAGUUGCCCCAAAGGCUAUAAGGGUCCUAGAUGUGAGGAAAAUGAGAUUGUAGAUAGCUUAUGUGAUUUUUACUGCAGUCAACAAGAAAUUGACGACAGUCGUCUGCAAGAUCCUAGUUUCUGCAAAUGCGACAAACGAAAUUACGAUGGCUUUAAAAAUCAGUCUCCACAAGCACUUUUAGCUUCAGAAGGUACAUCAAGCUACAUGAACUACCUUCAAGAUCCGGUCUUCAUUUCCUUGGGUUGCAUCACCUUAACUGCCUUAUUAGCAUGUAUGGUCCUUACCGUGUACGUGGUGUAUCUAAGAAGGAAGCCAAAUCCUAAAAUCAAGAGAAGAUACAUUGUGAAUAAGAACCCCUCAACCUCCAUGACUGAAAGGCCGCAUGCUCAACAAUGUGAGAUAACUAUUGAGAACUGCUGCAAUAUGAAUAUUUGUGAGACUCCUUGUUAUGAACCGCCAAGAUUGCAGAAAAUCCUUUCGAGUAGAAAUGAAGAUAAAAAGAUGCUUCUUUCAAAUAUGGAAAAGGUGGAGGACUAUUGACCUAAGUCUGAAUUGUUCAUCCCGUGGGAAAUAAAGGGCUGUGACCUCCAAAAAGUAUUCAAAUUCAUUCCUCCUUGAUGAGGAUAUUCCUCCUUGUGAAGAAAAUAAAAAAUUUAUCAGAAUGAUAGGAAUUAAAAGUGAUAGAAGUGGUAGGAGAUCUAUGGAAUUGGAUAGCUGCAUAAAUACCAUUUCAGAAAUGGCGACAACAUUAUCAUCUGCUUGAUCCGCGAAACGAAGAUUGUUACCUAUUUGAAAUUGUUCAAUUCCUAGAAGGCAAAAUGGCUGUCUGGUAGGUUUUGAAUUGAUUGAGAAUAAACCCAAAUAAGUGCCGGCAAAAUAACAAUUACAGAAAUAUAUUUAGAAGUACCUAAUAUAUUUGUUCAAAAUUGUAUCAAAAAAAUCUUGAUAUAGUUGUUCAUGAAGAAUAAAACGAACCAUAGAGUUUUUGUGGUGAUGGACCAAAAAGUUUCGGGGGCAUAUCCACCAUUUGCACUGCCUAUAAAAUAAGUUAAAGAAAAAGCAUGUACACUUAACUAAUUGAAUCGUUUCUCACUUUUCUUAUCAUUAUUAUUUGGUACUUUUUUCUUGUUCUUUUUUCUAAGGCUCCAUACAUUUUUAUAUCUUAUUUGAAUUUUUCACUUGUGCUCCAUCAAUGAAAAUCGAUUUCCCAUGAAACAAUUCUUACUGCGUUAUGAUGUUUGGUAAUAUACUAGGUACUUCUGAUUUACAGUAAUUUUUUUCAUUUGGCUGUACAUAGUUCUAUACUAUUCAGUAAUUUCGGGGAAUUACACAUGAAAAUCGAUUUUUAUAUGAUUAACUUAAUUUUUUCCUAGUACAUGUACUUAAAACUAAAUUGUCAUUUAGUUUUGUACUGAGUACUUAUUGUUUUGUUUCAAUAAUUUAUUUUAUCUUUUCUAUGUUGAUUCAACUUGACAUUGGGUGCUGGAAACCAAUUCAAAUUGUUGAAAAUAAAAAUAAUCAUUUAUGUUAAAUUGUAGCAAGGAUAAAGUUUUAUUUAUCAUCUUAGAUGUAGCUCACAAAUGUGAUAGUAACACUAAUUAGUAGAAUUUCUCUAUUUUAAAAGUUUGGAUGAGUAUAAUGAUACUCAAAUCUUUGCGCCUAGGUAGCUUAUACAUUAUCAUUUCGUGGUAAUUGUUUUCAAACAUAUUAUUUUCUGAAAUACAACUGACAAAACCUGUGAUAAAUGUACAGAAUUUUUGUCUGAAUAAAAAGGUUUAUUGUGGUAAUUGCAUGUCUGAUUAUGAAUUUGUGAAGUGAACACUGAUUCUAGUACAAAAUAACGUGGAUUCAUAUGUAGUGCAUCUGCAUUUGAUUGGGCAUGUGAUAGACUAGUGCAAUAUACAUACAUAAAUUAUAUUAUUUAUUCAAUACUGAACGAAAAAAAUAUCAAUAUUUUAUGUUCCUCAUAAAUUUCAUAAUCAAAUCCAGAUAGUGUUCAAUGUGGAGUUGGGAUAGAUUUUUUCUAUAUUAUUAAUAUGCGAGAGUGAAGAACUGAAACUGUGAAUUGCCAUUGGAAACUCUAAAGAAGUUAAUAAAAAGGACUUCCAGAAGA